UCAUCUUAUUUUUGUUAUUGUUUUUUCUGCAGGCAAUACGAAACAGCUUGGCACGAUUCGUUUUUUUUUUAAUUUAAACUGAACUUUUAUAUGACUCUAGUAUAGUUUUUUUCAAAUCAAUGAAACAUGUGCCUUGACCGCUUAAGUGUUAUGUCAUGGAAGACGCCCUGUGGUAGGAUUAAUGGAAACAGUUUAGUUCGAGCUUAUAAUACGUUUUCAAGGAUUGUAAAAUCAAUUUUGUCAAGAUCGUUGUACGCUCUCUAUUCUUUCAUAGCUGUGUGGAGGGUGACAGAAGCGCUCAAUGAAACAAUCUAUUGGCUAUUGCUUUUCACUUUAUGUCCACUUGCACUAGAAACAGUUCACUCCGUCUUGAUAAGAAAAGGAAACGAAAUGAAAUGGAUGACACCAAGCGUUCUUUUCUAUUUACUUUGUGGGAUUCCAUGUAUUUGGUUACUAGAGGUCAAGCUUCUCAGCGAUCGUUUGACUAACCUAUCACCAACAAACACUUCAAGCAUCGAGUCUCCUUCCUCUGUUUUAGGCAGUAGUAGUUCAUCGAUCGGCAUCACGAUAGAUUUGGACGACGAAGGAUGGACACUGGCCCUGGAACAAAUCCUUAUUUUUGUGCUUGUUAUAGGAAAGUGGAUUGCGCCAAAAGGAGAAUUGUCGAGAAAUGAGUUAUCUCAGCUUCUCUUAGUCAACAUUGCAGCAGGAGCUGAUAUAAUAGAGCUGCUUGAAGUUUUUGGAGAAACAAAGGUGAGUCAAAACGCUGAGUUGGUUUACCUUGUGAUGGCUAUUUGGACAUGGAGCCUUUUGCAGUUCUGCUUGGUUUUGACAGCGUCAAAAGAUUUGCCAAAUCUUAAUGAUAAUGAUAAUGAGACCGAAAUAUAUCGUGCCGCUGCGGAUUCAAAUAAAAACGAAUUGACGAAUGCUGGAACUAAAACAUUUUCAAAAAAUGAACUUAGUCUGCCAGGUGAGGGUAAUCGUCUUCAAGUGACCAAAGAUAAACCUCGAUAUGGUAAAGGCCAUAAUCAAGCUUUACUAAACAAUCAAGUUAUGAAUACAAACCGCGAAAUUCCUUCCAUAAAAAAUCAUGCUGUUGACAUUACUGAUGGUACCAACAGUAUAAAAAGUGAUGCAGGAAUUGCCAAAGCUGAAGAUCUUUUACGAGCUGACCAAAGUGUAGCGGCGUUCGUUGAAGGAAGGAUGUGUUUUGAUUGUUUUUGCUGUUACACAGAAAUAUGGGGAAUGGUUAUGAGCAUUUUGUUUCAGGAUGGUCCUUUUCUUAUACUACGGUUGUUCAUUAUGCUGCAUUACAAAGUUGUGACUCACAUGAACGUGUUUUUCACCUGCAAAAAUGUGUUGGUGAUUAUUUUGCUUCUUAACCGGAUACGGGUUAUCUUUUUGGAAGAGCGUAAACCAUGGAAAAGCUGUAUGAAAAAGUAUGAAGUACAGCAAUGUAGGGUCGUUAAUGAACGCAGGAGAAAACUUGGACUACCACCAGAAACCCGACAAGCUAAAUAUGAAAAAGAUCUUCGCAAGAUAGGAGGGGAGAAUGUAGAAGAUGCGCCAUCGAAAAAUGGUUCUACACCAACGCCACGGAAGCCACUUUGGAGAAUAUGGCGUGCGUGAUUUAGAAACUGUAUAGCGGAAUCAUACGAAUGUGACCUGGUAACGGUUCACUUAUAAACAACUAAUAAAGUCUCCCAGACUUUAUAAUUACAUUACUUACAACAACUUUGUAAUGAACCGUGAAAUCGUUACCAUAUUCGAUAUUAUUUUUGUACCUAAGUCUUAUAAUUAAUUGUGGGUAUAAUCGCAUGUAUAGUAAGUAAAACUUAUACUUUGUCAAUGUGGAGCAAAAAUGACUGGAAUGUUCUUCUUUAUGUAAAAUAUAUAGUUGCAUGUUCAUUGAAAACCCAAAUAAAUGUUUUUAUUUUAAUAAUUGAUAAACGUUCUGCAACUUUACAUUUGCUUCUUUCACCAAACUAUGAUACACAUAUUUUAAAAUUAAAGGAAUUGCGGAGGAAAAUUAAUCACCGUUCCCGUAACAUUCCUGUUACAACAUAAAAAAGUAUAUAUAUAUAUA